AUGACAUUGUCAGAACAGUUCCCACAGCAGCGGCAGAUCACCAUGACUGAAGUGGUAGCAGGGAAGACUGUGGCAAGCGCUGAAAGAAUCAAGGUGAGUGGUUUUACUCAAACUUUUCCUCCGCUAACCUUGGCUUUAGUAGGGUGGUCUGCACUCUGCUCUCCCCAGUCUGUCUGUGGAGAGCGCUCCUCAAAGCACUGAGUGCAAUUUGUCAGCUUUGCCAUUUUAAACUCUGUAAAACUUCAUACGGAUCUCGAAAGCACAAUCUUUCUGGAUUUUUUUAGAAAUGGUAAUACUGUUUUAAAAGUACAUAUCAACCACAAUACUCUGUUUUCUGUUCUUUUUCUGCCUUAUGAUCCUUUCAGAAAAAAAAGUAUUUUGAAGACAACUUAUGCAAAAUAAAUAUUGAUCCUCAAAUUGAAAGCGAUUGAUCAGCUUUGAAUCUAUAUGUUUUUUUUUGAGAGAGAGAGAGAGAGAGUGGGAAUGGGAGGUGCAUCUCGUGUUGAUAGCAAGCCCCAACCCUGAUGGAGAGGAGAGGUGUGUGUGAGUGAGUGAAUGUGUGAGUGGAUUAACAAAUAUUUAUUUUAUCUAAUUAAUUGGUGCAAUUGUUAUUUUUCAGAUUUGUGAAGAUUGGGUACGCACUUGCACAGCAGUCAGCAUGCCCCUUUCCAAAAGUGAUCAACCCUCAACGAGGCAGUUUCUGAAGGAGAAAGUCAUCAAUGUAGGUGCCAUCCCUGGAGACCACCAGCUACAGGAAAAGUAUUUGGGAGAUGUCUACUCAAGCAGCAUCUUGCAGGGAAACCAGUGGCAGUCAUCUUUGAUGAAACUCCAGAAAUGA